AUGAUCGAGGUGCCUGCCAUGUCUCUCUCGUCCUCGCCCGUUGUGUACCCAGCAAGCUCACCAGCAGCAUUAUCAGUGCACCCGCCAAAGCCAAAGCGGAAGCUAUUUCAGAAGUUUGACUUCCAACAGCCGUUGCUGAAGAAACCCAGGCUUUCUGAACCGAAUUACAAGCCCUCAGAAAACACUCGAACCUCCUGGACCGAUAACGCGGUCGAAAAAUGCCUCGAUUCAACCGUUACCCCUACGACGAACAGCCGUCCUGUUUCGGACGAGCAGCUCAACUCUCUUCCUCCCCAACCCCAGGAAAUAGCCGCGAAGCUACUCUUGCUAUCAGACACAACAUCCUCGCAUCUUGAUGCGCCGUCCUCAGCAUCUCUACCGUUAAAUCUCGGUCGAGGACUCACACGUAAAACCAUUAACCUUCAGACGACUUCAGGCGGAUCGAUUCGUGUGAUACCACGAAAGAAGCAAGCCACUCAGACGUAUGAGCAGGUGAUUGCGGGUCGAUCUGUCACGAACGAGGGCAGAGCCAAGAGAGCAUACUACGGUGUUGACAUUCAUGAGCUCGUAAACGAGGCAAAGAUACAACGAGAACUGAAUCAAGCAGAGAAGGAAUUAAGAGCUCAAAGAGAGGCAGACAUCGAUAUACAGCCAAGUAUUGAGCUUGCAAGACCACAGUCAAGCCACAGCGAGACAGGCAGGAGGGUCAGCAAGCAUCAGAUGUGGACCGAGAAGUACCGUGCAAAGAAAUUCACAGAACUUGUCGGCGACGAGCGUACACAUCGGUCUGUUCUGCGAUGGCUGAAAGCUUGGGACAAUAUUGUCUUUCCAGGGGCUGCAAAGAAGAAAACGAAGAAAGUGUACGAGGACAACAAUGAUGGUCAAGAACAACAACAUCGGAAAAUUAUGUUGCUUACUGGACCCCCUGGCCUGGGCAAAACGACAUUAGCUCAUGUCUGCGCCAAACAGGCUGGUUACGAAGUGCUCGAGAUCAAUGCCAGCGACGAUCGAAGCAGGGAUGUGGUCAAAGGACGAAUCAAAGAUGCCUUAGGGACAGAGACUGUGCGAGGCAUACAGGAGGAAGGGAAAACUCGAAAGGCUGGUCGCCCUGUUUGCGUCGUGGUGGAUGAGGUCGAUGGUGUGGUUACUGGAUCUGGGGGUAGUGGUGGAGAAGGUGGUUUCAUGAAGGCUCUCAUCGAUCUUGUCCAGCUUGACCAGAAGAACGCUUCCAUGAACACUACAGCACCAACAGCCACUCAAAGCAAGAGGAAGGGUGACAAAUUCAAGAUGCUGCGACCGUUGAUACUCAUCUGCAACGAUGUAUAUGCUCCCUCACUACGACCUCUACGCAAUUCCUCCAUGGCGGAAAUUGUACACGUGCGCAGACCACCCAUCGACAAGGUCAUUGCUCGUCUGAAAAGUGUGUUCGAAAAAGAAAAUAUUCGCUGUGACAAUGACGCGGUCCGGCGACUGUGCGAGGAUUGUUGGGGUAUGGGCAGCCGCAAGCAAAACUCCAAUACUGCCAAGGGAGCUGGUGAAGGAGAUAUUCGGGGUGUUCUCGUGCAAGGAGAGUGGUUCGCCAGCAAGCUGAGGAUAAGUGACUCGGGAGCUGACAGCAGACUGACUAGAAAGUGGGUCGAGGCCCAGCUUAGCGAAACUCCUCUCAAGGCCCAUAAGGGUUUGGGACGAGGUGGUAUCAGGGAGGUUAUCGACAGAAUCUUCUUGGAAGGAGCAGGAUUGCCACAUCAACAAACAGCGCUGAGUGCAGACGAAGCUCGACAGAUCAAGGAGUCCGAAAACCAUGCUCUCGGCGUUGCUGACCUUCGAAAACGAUCUGCCAUUCAUGCUCUACGUGAGAUGGCCAAUACUUGUGGUGACCAUGACAGACUUAUGACGGAUUGCUUUCAGACGUAUACCUCCCAAGUGUUUCAAGAUGACACAUUCCUUUCGAAGCCGAACGCCAGCUACGACUGGUUGCACUUUCACGACAGCUUGUCAGGUCGAAUAUUUUCUGGUCAAGAAUGGGAGCUUGGUGGAUACCUGAGCACAAGUGCUUGCGCAUUCCAUAAUUUGUUUGCCUCCAUGGAAGGCACCUCCUCGUCAUCAAACGACGUCGAGAAACAGGAAAAUAUGGAAUUAGCCCAUCCAUUUAGUGGUUCAAGAGCUGACUUUGCUUCGCACGAGGCACUGAAGCAGAACCGCACUGCCCUGGUUGAGAUGCAAAGUGGUUUCUCGGCCGAUUUGCUUCGUCUGUUUAGCUCUAUCGACAAUGUGGCUGGAGAACUUGUUCCACACGUGUAUCGUAUGAUUUCACCAGACGUCAAACCUGUGGUGGUGGGAGGCAGUGCAGGAGGUCCAUCUGUGGCCUCGGUAAGAAAAGAAAGCGAGCGAAAUUGUGUUGGUCGAUCUGUUGGUGUCAUGAGUGCGCUCAAUGUUAGCUUUGAGAAAGUGAGAAUCGAGAAUGAAAGAGAAGGGUCUAGCAUGGGCACGAUGAAUGGAGGGUGGGCAUUCAGGAUGGAGCCACCCAUUGACUCUCUUUCGGCAUACCACUUCUCGGGAUCGAGUUCGAGUUCGAAGGCGACGACAGCCACUUCGCAGCCUACACGUUAUGCCAUACGCCAAGUUCUGGACCAAGAACUACGGAAGGAGAAAGUUCUCCAAGCAUCAGCAGCUCGACAAGCUAGAGGCAGCGGAGCUCUUUCAGAGAAGUUUGUUCAGACCCCUAGGGAGGAGAGAGAGAAUGUUAGACCCUUGUCGAAAGGGCAGGAUCCGAACCAGAAGAAGACUACCGUGGUCAGGCGCGACUUCUUCGGCCGACCGAUCGAGAACUUGAACAUUAUAGCUGCACCUGCUCCGUCGAAUGGCAAAGGUAUUGACGCAUCUUCGAUCGCUAAGAGCACAGCGACCAAGGGCAAAGCGCUGAGCGUAACCACAUCUGGGGAGAACGAGGACGAUCGCAUCUGGGUAUCGUUCAACGAGGGAUCCUCGACUGCUGUCAGGAAACCUAUCACGUUGAGCGAUCUCUUGGAAGGGUUCUAA